AAGCGCUGGAGUUAGCUGUGCUGGUGCGUGUGCUUGGGGCUUUCUUGGAGAGUUUGGAUCGCCGAGACACUUUCGUGCGGCGCGGCGAUGCUGACCCCCGCGUUCGACCUCAGCCAGGAUUCCGACUUCCUGACCAUUGCCAUCCGCUUGCCCUACGCCCGGGUCUCGGAGUUCGACGUCUACUUCGAGGGGGUCGACUUCAAGUUCUACGCCAAGCCGUACUUUCUCAGGUUAACCCUUCCAGGAAGAAUUGUAGAAAAUGGAAGUGAGCAGGGGUCCUAUGAUGCAGAUAAAGGAAUUUUUACCAUUCGACUGCCCAAAGAAACUCCUGGCCAGCAUUUUGAAGGGCUGAACAUGUUAACUGCUCUUCUGGCACCAAGAAAAUCCAGGACAGCUAAGCCACUUGUGGAAGAAAUAGGUGCCUCUGAAGUUUCCAAGGAAGUGGUAGAAGAUGACGAUGAAGAGUUUGACUGGGAAAUUGAACAGACUCCCUACGAGGAGGCAUCUGAAAGCGCGUUGAAUCCACAGUGCCACUAUGGAUUUGGGAACUUGCGGUCAGGAGUGUUCCAGCGAUUGCAGGAUGAAUUGAGUGAAGUUACUGACAUUAAGAAUCCAGAUUUCACCCCUGCAGCUGAACGAAGGCAGAAACGUCUCGCUGCUGAGCUGGCCAAAUUUGAUCCUGAUCAUUAUCUAGCUGACUUAUUUGAAAAUGAGGCAGUUGAACAGCUUUUGAAGUACAGUCCUUGGUGGAAUGAUACAUAUUCUGAAAUGAUGGCCUCCUUGGAAGAUAGUCAGGAGCAAGAAAACCACGCUGUAUUAGUGUCUUUUUCUGAGGAAGAGAAAUAUCAGCUGCGAAAAUUUGUCAAUAAAUCUUACCUGUUGGACAAGAAAGCUCAUCGUCAAGUGUACUACAGUUUAAUUGAUAUCCUUCUGGCCUACUGCUAUGAAAUCCGUGUCACUGAGGGAGAGAGGAAUGUUGAGUCUGCGUGGAGUAUCAGAAAACUGAGUCCAACACUGUCCUGGUUUGAGACUUGGACUAAUGUUCACGAAAUCCUGGUGGCUUUUGGAAGAAGAGUUUUGUGCUACCCCCUUUAUCGUCAUUUUAAGCUGGUAAUGAAGGCACACAGAGAUGCCGUAAAGAUACUGCAGCUGGGUAAAAGUGCAGUUUUGAAGUGUCUUCUGGAUAUCCACAAAAUAUUUCAGGAAAAUGACCCAGCGUACAUUCUCAAUGACCUCUACAUCUCAGAUUACUGUGUGUGGAUUCAGAAAGCCAAGUCUAAAAAACUGAGCACUCUUGCCAGAGCCUUAAAAGAAGCCUCCCUGACGAAGGCCCAGCUGGGGUUAGAGUUGGAAGAGCUGGAAGCAGCAGCCCGUCUUGUCCAGGAGGAGGAAACUGCCGGGAGAGUGGCCUGUUCUGUGUCCACACAGACUCUUGGCUCUGGUCCUGAGGCAGGUGACUCACAGGCAUCGGAAUCGGAAUCGGAAUCGGAAUCGGAAUCAGACAGCGCUGCAUCAUCAGGCACUGAAGACUCUGCUUCAGAGUGCGAGGAGCUCAGCGGGAGCCAGUGUACGCCCAUGACUUUGCGAGGCCCCUUUGUCCAAGCGAGCAGUGCCCUGCUUGUGGGGCAUGGUGUGGCCUGCGCACACUCCACCGGCCAGGGAAAGCCUCAGGCCAUGGCCCUGGCUCCCGGCGCCCGCGGGCCUCUGAUAGAGGAGCUUGAGGAGCAGCUGAGAACUACACUUCAGGUGUCCCUGCCUGAGGACGCCCCUGCUGGGAGCCGCAGCCGUGUGCAGGACAGUGAAGAGGCGACAGAUGCUGAAUGAGUGACUCACAUGGUUUUGUUCGUGGUAGGGAAUUUGAUCAGCUGUGGUUUCAUCUGCUGAAUUAGAACUCAUUUUCCCUCUGUGCUUUUCUUUGUAUAACAUUGUUUUAUAGUUUAUACCUGUGGUAUGUUUGUACCUUUUGGUUUCCUUGUUAAUAAGUUGAAAAAUAAAGUUCUAAUGUACUUUUUCCAAGAGCAGCUGAUACUUAAAAGAUGAAAAUAGCAGUUCUCUCAGAAUCUCUAGACUGUAGAGGUUAGUAUGAACUCAUUAAUAUUUUUAUUUUAGCUUUACAGGGGUGUUCCUGAUCUACAGGAAAGUGGUCAUACUUGACAUGUGUAUGUGAUGAGUGUUGGCGUAUGACUGUGGCAGGUGAAACCACACCGCAGCCAGGGUAAUGCACUUCCCUCCGUCCCCAGGUCUCUUUGUCUCCCUUUGUUAUCCUCCCCUCCCACCUGGCCAGAGGCCACCCACCUGCAUCCCCCAGGCAACCACUGAGCUGCUUUCUGUCCCUAUACUGUAGUUUGCAUUUCCUAGAAUUUUAUAUAGAUUGACUCAUGCAAUCUGUACUCCUUUGUUCAAGCUUACUUCACUGUAUUUUGAGGUUGAUCCAUCCCAAGGGUUUUGUUUUUUCUCUUCCUUGCUGAAUACUGCUUCAUUGAAUAGAUUUGUUCGCUCACCUGCUGAUGGGCAUUUGUGUCAUGUCCAGGUUAGAGCUGUUACAAAUAAAGCUGUUACGAACAUUUGUGCACAA